UUCUUGAAAAAAUAUUAAACUGCUUGCAAUUUUGAUCAUUUACUCAAAAGCAAAAUUUUGCAAAACACAGCUUCCUUUGAUAAACUGCCAAAUGUGUUUGCAACCAAGUUCUGAAUUUUUAAGCUAAUGUAACGAGAGGUUUUAGCGUUUCCCUGGGGAUAAGGUUAUCGCAGCGAAAAAACUUCUCGCUAGCAUCUAUCGUAAUAUACAGUGUUGAGUAAGAACCAAACUUGUUCUACGCUGUCACGUUUAGGUGGGUUGCAUUGCUUUGCGGAGCAUUUAGGGAAGAAGGUAGGCCAUCUAAGGGCUCAUCUUUGUUGUAAAAGGUGUCGAGCCUUUUCACAGGGGUAGAUAAACCCUAUAUGUCUCCCGCAUCCUCUGUGGCACCAACUUUUCACUCAAUUCGUCUAUGCCUCCAACAAAUUCAUUGCUUUAAUAAUUGCUGUCCUUCUAUCAGAAAAAAUUUCUCUCAUUCAAUUUAUAAAUGAAUAUUAACAUUUGCAGUUACAAUGAAGCACUCAUUCGAUUCGUUUUACACUGUAUACAUUGUCAACAAAGUACUACCAUUCAGGGGGGUUUGGAUAUAAUUUCUUAUAAGCUUUUCGUUAUCACUUGCCUGAGUAACAAGGCACAUAUUUAGAGCCAAUCUGUGUGUACUGAUUAAAUCUGUGUGACAAAAAAAUAACGGGGCUCACGUACCAAAACCGGGGCUUAAUAACCUUUUCAUUUUGCAACCAAGGCCCACUGACAAGCUUAGGUCACAAAGUUUUCAGCAAACUUCAGAAUUUCAAUUCAGUUCUAAAUAAGACAGGAAAAAUUAUAUGUGGCUCAAGAGAAAGUUCGAGUAGACGGCUGUUAGAUCCAAACUGGUGGGGAUAGUAAAAUAAUUUCCUCAAACAACUGGAUUGCAUCAAGUGUCAUCUAACCUUAGACUCAGAGCCUAUAUAAUUGUUUCAAGGCAAGGCCAAAAUAGGUAAGGCCCCAAUUUGCUUUGAGGGGAUGUAGAGAUGAUGACACGCCUGCCUGGUACUGAUUCGAUCACAGCUUCCCACUAAAAAAAAUGUUUGCUUCCUUUCAAAAGCAGCGAAAAUUGACAAUAUUCUUUAAAGUCGAUAGGUGUGUUCAUAAAGAAAACUGCGAUAGUGUAUAACAAAAAGAUGCCUAUUAUGUUCUUAUGAAACUAUUUAACAAAGAUCCUUUGUGGCCAGAGCCUUGUGAAGACAUAAAGCUUCCUGUAUGAAUCUUGUACUUCUUGGUGGAAUGAAAAACAUAAACAAGACUUAAGCGCCAUUCGGUCUUAAAUGCACAAUUAAUAGGGAUAAAAAGAAACUGCUAAAGAAAUGAUGAUAAAUAUUGAUUUUUCAGCAGAAAGAGAAAAGAACACAAUUGCAGACCAACUAUCUAAGGCAAAUAUCGGCUUUGAAACUGUUAUUCCCUUCAAUAUAGACAGAAACCGAUGUAUGAAUGUAAAGACAAAAGCAGUUACAAAUAAAAUGUCGAUGACACGCCAUAACGCAUCAAGAGAACAUUUUCUCCAUGGCUGCGACGGCGAAGUGAAAGGCCUAGCUGCUUAUGUUCCAGCUUAUACAUAUGGUAUUUUCUUGAUUUUACAACUCGUACUUUCGGUGUUCGGUAACAUUUUAGUAUGUCUCGCAAUAAUUCGCUUUCAUCACUUGCGAACCCUUACGAACUCGUUUAUAUUCUCCCUUGCGGUUACGGAUCUACUAACGCCGUUCGCACGCGUGCUGUCGAUUGCCAUCGCAAUGUUCCGACAGCAAUGGGUAUUCGGCUGCGUUUGGUGCCAAUUAUCUUCUGUGCUUGGGGUUUUCCUUUGCGCCUCGUCGAUAAUGCAUUUGUGCGCAAUCAGCAUCGAACGGUUUAUCGUUAUUCGCUGGCCGUUGCGACAACAUCACUUCCUAACCAAGAAGCGAGUAACAGUCGUGUUGGUGAAUAUAUGGAUAACGGCACUUGUUUUAUCAUUGUUUCCUUACUUCGGAAUCGUUCACUUGGCAUUUAACGCGGAGCUUCUCGACUGCGAGAUAUCUUGGAACAAGAACCCAGUAAUGGCAGUUCUACUAACUUGCUUCUUUUUUCUACUUCCACUACUUUUAAUAACUGUUACAUACUACUAUAUAUUCCAAGAGGUAAAAGUACAAACUAAGAAAAUCAGCUCGUUGCAAAUAACACAAUCGCCAGACAAUGGAAAAGAAAGAAAGGUGACAAUAAGCUCCAAACUGCGCAUCGGUCGAAUUCUUCGUCAAGAGCUUAAAGCAGUUAAGAUUAUCGUCGUUGUUAUCGGAUUGUUUUUCGGCUUGUGGUCGCCUUUGUUCGUUGUUACGAGCAUCCGUGCUUACGCGCCUGACACAGUCUCGGGUGAUGUUCAGCGUUUGGCAUUCGCGUUGGCGUAUUUGAAUUCAGGUUGCAACUGGAUAGUCUACAGUAUAAUGAAUAAGGAAUUUCGGGCCGUGUUUAAACGCAUGUUGCUUCCGGUAUACUCCUGUUUCUCUAAACGUACUCGGCAUUCAACGGGACAAGUCGGUUACGAUUUGCCUGAUGCUUGCGCAAGAAGCGCUGUUUCAGUGAAAUCUAAGCCCUCCACCUCGGGAUCAUUAGCACAGCUUCAAGCACAGGCUCCUGCAAAUAACAUCAACAACAACUUUUUAGCUGCGACACCCAAGCAUGUUCCUGUUAAAGUAGCAGAAAAAGAUCGCCAAGGUUUCACUGCCGGAGAAGAUCGCCAAGGUUCCGCAGCAAAAAAAGACCGCCAAAGUUCCACUGCAGAAGAAGAUCGCCCGGAUUCCUCGACAGUAGAAAAUUUUCAAGUCUCUACUUCAGAACAUAGGGACCAACUAGAGGUGACCAAGUCACAGACUUAAAGAAACUGUAAUAUUUACUGUGUGUUUUCAGUACAAUUCUAGCCUGAAUCAUAACGGAAUAGAAAUAUGGUGCACCUCAAGAUUACCCUUUAGGACAUUUUUUGUUCAUUUCACAAGUAACUCGAGGUUUUGGAAAAACAGUAAUAAACUAACAAUACAAAUUCCAACAUUCUACCUUAGUGGUAUUAUACUACUGGUAUAUAAAAUAUAAUGAAGAAGAUUUGAGAAAUUUGGUAAACUACCGUCCUGAAACUCGUUACCUAGCUAUCAACGCUAUAAAAUUUACCAAAUCAUAAAAAUCAGUUGAAAUUUUCAUAAAAAUUACCCAGUUUCAUCGAGUUGUUGUAAACAAUGAAAUAUAAACUUUAAGUUUUUAAAAUUAUCUCAACUUUAAUGAGGGUGUCUAAAAAACCCUUAUAAAAAACCCUUAAGGGACCAGUUCACUUGUUUGCAAAUGAAAAGCACUUGAAAGCAACAGAUUAUGCAGGAAUGAAAGGAUUUCGAGAAUAAAUUGGCUCUUUGAUUCUGUGGAAAACAUGAAGCACAUUCCACUGCCGAGAUCGUUUAGUUUAUCAUAUAAAGCAAUGCCAAAGGGGGCAAAUUAGAAAUACAGACAAAAAAGGUUGGAAAUUACAAAAGCCUGUACGACAUCCUUGUUCACAAACGGAGUGUUUUUCAAUGCUUUUUGUCGCCGUUCUUGGUGUUUGUUAAAGUUCAUGUCACGAUUCUUUUGUCACCGUUCUUGGUAUUUGUUGAUAUUUAUGUAUCAGUCGACAAUGAUCUACAUUGUUCUAGGUUUAAACCUCUUUUGAGGAAAAUAAAAUGUCAAUGACCAUUCGAUCAACUACCGAGAAAUCUAUGUGACAAAUCAGUGUGGCAAUCUAUGUACAGCCAGCAUGCCAAUUCCAUUAGGCCCUUGUCCUUUCAGGAUUAAAAAUUAAAAACUCAAAGAAUAAGUCUUACAAGACAAUGGCUUGCUGAAAAUUUGUUCGAUGUACGUGAUGUGUUUCGAAUCUCUAACUACUAGGCCAGCUUUGAAGUUUAUUCCCAGUUGUAAAGAAUCAAAACCUCCAUAAGGAUUUAGAUACAUUAAGAAGCAGCUUUUCUCUAAGAUUAAGCUCGUCAUAAAUAAAGUUCAAAUUGGUUCAAAUAACAGGCUUAUAGCGGCCUUGUGUAAUAGCCCUGCCCGGCUAAUUAGAGUUAAAACAUUUAAAUAAACACGCAAACUUCGGAGAUUCUUCGUUAUCUAUUCCGUCUAUUAAAAAAUACUACACAGUCGAUGCGUUCGCAGUUCUUUCUGUUCUCGCAGUCUUCUAUUUCUAAUCCUUUUUCAAAUCAGGGGGUUGCAUCUAGAUCAAUUUUUACAAUGUUAAUUCCUAAUAUCCACACUUGCUGCACCAUUU